UGUGGCUCAAAGCUUCUCACUUCGUACUUUCUUCCCUGUCUUGCUCUUUUCUAAUCUCCCUUAGAUUAAAUCGCCCCAACCCCCUUGUGCACUUUGUUUUCUUCGCCCCAAUUCAUUUUUUCUGUAUACACACUGAGAAUAUAUAUAUAUAGUUGUAAGGGACAUUUGAAUCCUCAUCCUGAUCUGCAUUUUCUCUUCGUUUGAAUCAAGAAGCCAAUUUUCUUUGUGGGGUUUUCUAGAUGGCUGCUAUUAUACAAGGAAUUGGUGCUGCUACUGCACUAACAUCAGCCAAUUCUUUGGAUACCAAGAAGUCACUUUUCGCUAAUUCUCGCAGAUCUUUGUCAGAGAGGAAAGGAAGGUUAUUUGUGGUUAGAUCUGAUGGGCGUUUGAGCUGUGGUUUGAAUGGACGUGGAGGAAGAGCUGAACAAUUAAUUACUAAUGCUGUUGCUGCAAAAGAAGAUGCUGCUGCAGCUUCUACUUCAUCCAAGCCAGGGCAUGAACUGUUGCUCUUUGAGGCCCUCCGCGAAGGUCUUGAAGAAGAGAUGGACAGAGAUCCCACUGUUUGCGUAAUGGGUGAAGAUGUCGGUCAUUAUGGAGGUUCAUACAAGGUGACUAAAGGCCUUGCCCCAAAAUAUGGUGAUCUCAGGGUUCUUGACACUCCUAUUGCUGAGAACUCUUUCACUGGUAUGGGCAUUGGAGCUGCAAUGACUGGCUUGCGUCCAGUUAUUGAAGGAAUGAACAUGGGAUUUCUUCUUCUAGCCUUCAACCAGAUAUCUAACAACUGCGGUAUGCUCCACUACACAUCUGGUGGCCAGUUUAAGAUACCAGUUGUCAUCCGAGGUCCUGGUGGAGUUGGUCGGCAGCUUGGAGCAGAGCACUCUCAACGCCUUGAGUCAUACUUCCAGUCAAUUCCUGGAAUCCAGAUGGUUGCCUGUUCAACCCCCUACAAUGCCAAGGGCUUGAUGAAGGCAGCUAUCAGAAGUGAUAACCCUGUGAUUCUGUUUGAGCAUGUUUUGCUCUACAACCUCAAGGAGAGAAUUCCAGAUGAAGAGUAUGUGCUGAAUCUUGAAGAAGCAGAGAUGGUACGACCUGGGGAGCAUGUAACCAUUCUAACUUAUUCCAGGAUGAGGUAUCAUGUGAUGCAGGCUGCAAAAACACUUGUGAACAAGGGUUAUGAUCCUGAGGUCAUUGAUAUUAGGUCUCUGAAACCGUUUGACCUUUACACCAUUGGGAAGUCAGUGAAAAAGACUCAUCGUGUGCUCAUUGUCGAGGAAUGUAUGCGCACAGGAGGUAUUGGUGCCAGCUUGACUGCCGCUAUUACUGAGAACUUUCACGACUAUCUAGAUGCCCCAAUUGUAUGUCUGUCAUCACAGGAUGUGCCAACCCCAUAUGCUGGGACGUUAGAGAACUGGACUGUUGUCCAACCUCCCCAGAUUGUUACUGCAGUUGAACAGCUUUGCCAGUGAUCAAGUGGUAGAAGUCUUGUGAUAAUCAUGCCAUUUAUGUUCGGUUGCUUAUUUCAUAAUUUAGGACUCAACUUCUGAUCGAUUUUUAUUGUCUGAUUUUGCUAGAGAUUUUAGUAUUUGGAACUUGCGAGUCCUAGUUAAGGUGAUAUGUUUAUUGCUUUGCCUUCUACUCACACCAAAAUGGUGCUUGGAAUCUUUAUGUACUGGUAAGGUAAUUAGACUUCAUGGAAACAUUAUCAUUGUUUUGUGUCGUUAAAGAUUAAGAUUUAGGUCUAUUUUAUAAUCAAAGCUGGAGUUGUCGU